AUGUCGAAAAGAUCGGGAUAUUUCCAACUAAAGGAACCAUUCGCUGCCAAGAAACCGAAGCUAGAUUUAGAGAUCAUUCCAAGUCAACAGUACAAGCCGCAACCUAGCACAUCUACUUCUAACACGUCUGCGAAGGUCGCUGUGGAGAACGAAGCGUUGAAUCUCUGGGAUGAUGAUGACGACGAAAUCAUUUUGCGGGCAACGCAGGCCGUCGAGGCCGAUAUUACGUUCGGCAAGUUCAGCCGUAGUGUCUCAUCGAGUACACAGAUGCUGUUGGAAGCACACUCUUCGCAUAACAUGACCAAACCCCAGGACAAGCUGUUUGCCGAGUUGCUGGAUGUGCCCAUGUCGCAGAAGGAUGACGAGUAUAACUACCCGGCCAAGGGAAACAAGAUCGACGAGCUUUUCAUUCAAGAGUUCAAUGAAGACUUCAACUUGAAGCAGUAUGAGCUGAUUGAACAGAUUCCACCGAACCGAAGUAGAAUCGAUCCUCCCAAAGCAACGGUGGAAUUUAAGGCACCUGCUCCUGUGUUUAAGCCUUAUACGACAGACAUCGCUACAUCACAUGCAAUCAAGCGGGAAGAAACGCCCUCGACAAGCGGAUUGGCUUUUAAACCCAAAACAGCAACCGUGCCUUCGCAAUCAUUUAAACUUUCUCUACCAAAAGCUACUCCCAGUAGCUCAGCAAAAACGGAGCAGGAAGCAAAAGACUCCGCAUCAAUCAAGCAAGACCGCGCAAAAGAUAUCCAGGUAAAGUUUCUCACCAAACACGUGCAGGAUUUGGAUAAAAAGGUGGAAAACCUGCAGAAGGAUUACCGCGAAGCUUUCGACAAGCUGCAGGUGAAAGAUGGUGAGGUGUCGAUGCUGCGAUACGAACUCAAAAUGGUAAAAGGCACCAACGAUCAGUUGCGGUUGGAGAAGAUAAGCGAGAAGGAAACGAUCAGCAAGGAGUGGCUGGAAAAGAUAAAAGAUCUUGAGAAAAUUAUCAUGGCACAAAAGGCCGAGCUGGACUUUAAAGAUAUGGAAGUAAUGAAUCUGAAAACCAAGCGUCUGAAUAGCUCGAUACGUGUGGCUGAGCAGCAAAGUAAAAGCGUUGAUGCAAAAUCUGCGCCAGUCGAGUUAGAGGCUCCGGAUAAAAAGGCGAACAAUGCUCCAUCGUUCAUCCUUUCCGAUGCAUUGUCAAAGUUAUCCUUUGAUGAUCGGAUGGAUGAUAUCGAUAGGUUCGAAAUUGACCCGCAAGCCUUUUCAAUAUCUCCCGAUGGUGCAGUUCAUGACGGACGAAAGUCACGGAAGUUUUCCAAGCUCUCUCGAACGGAGUCGCUGAUAUCAGAGCAUCUCAUUUCGCUUCAAACUUACCUUUCGCAAAUGGUUAGCAAUGUGAUGACUAGCGGUAGCAAUUCUCCGAUGAGACUGUCCGCGGAAAUGCUCCCGAAAGUUGUCCUAGCAACCGAGAAAGGUUUGAACGAGGUCAUUCAGUAUUGCCAACGACUUGGGCAACAAAAAGAACACGCUGCCAGCCAAUGUAGCGCGGGACAGUUAGUAGAACGUACCGCUGAAGGGUGUUCUACGAGCCGAAUAGACCACUCUUGUGCCAUGAACAUUUUUCAACCCGAUAAACUGUUUGUUGGCGAACAGGCAAUAGUGAUGCGUCGGUUCCUAGCGUUAGUCGCGAUAUUUUGUAGGUGUUCGGCUGAUUUGGUGACCAAUCACUUGUUGAAGAGCGGUCAAAUUUUACAACUGGCAAACAGCUUUAAAUGCAUCAGUAUAACAAGCGUCCCGUAUGAGCUUCACGGUGUGAUUACGGCUGCGGCCACCCUGUUGAACGGGAUAAUCUUUCGCGGUAGACUAUUAAAAACAUUCGGCGAAAAUGGUUCCCAACUAAUGGAACUGUUUCGCUCAAUCGUUGUGUGUCAAACCGACGCACCUUCCUCGCUGGUGGAACUAUCCCAGUUUUUGUGCCAACUAUCUGCUUAUGCUCAGGAUGGUAGCGUGCUUGAAUUGCUUAAUCUGUUAUGUUACGGUCAUCUUCCAACGGGUCAAAGCGAUUCUAAGAGAUUGUACAGAAUGAAAUCGAUCAGCUUUUCAAAAGAAACGUGCACAUUGCAAAUGUUCGCCGCUCUGCUGGAGAGCUCCGUUAGGCAACACGUAACGUACGAACGGUGGCAGUUAAAGCCUCUGCUGGCAAAUGCGGAAUAUACGAUCAAUUUCCUGCGAAAUUCGCUGUUUCGGCCGUCCAACUGGGUGAAGCUAUUUCUUUAUAAAGACGAUCCGACUGGUUGCGAUCUUUGCCACAUUCGGAUGGUGUCGGCAUUCAUAAAAUUGUUUCAUCGGGUGUUAUUGUGCUGGAAUCAACAAACAGUCUGGGAGGAGCAGGAUAUUGCCAGAGUGCACGGGAUUGCUCAGAAUGGAUUGCUGCUAAUGUACGACCUCUUCCAGACGGCAUACCGCAAAAAGUUGCUGCUUUUCUGCAGCCACGAGGUGCGAUAUCGACUCAGGAUAUCGUACGAUUGGUUGAAGAUGUAUGAAAAAGACUUUCGCUUCCAACAUGUACACUCUACCACCCUCGGAUUGUUGGAUAUGCGUUUGCUGAUGAGCGAUCCGCUUCGAAUAAAUUUGGAAAAUGAGAGCAAACAACAGGACGAAGAAAACAAACCGUGCGGAAGAGUCGCGAACUCAGGGGAACUAACAACGCAAGGUGCCGUGGGAUAG